AGGUUGCAUCCUUCCAUGCGCAAAAGGCUUUACAGUUUGCCACAGCACGUCGGCCGGAGAGCUUCGACCAUGUGCGACGGGGAAGACGGAGACCGGGAUGCGCGCCGGAGGAGCAUCCGGAUGAAGCCACUGCCGUCUCCGGGCGCCACUGAGAGCACCAGGAGCGCAGAUGCGGCGGCGGCGGCAGCAUCAGCAUCAGCAGCGCUCGCAGAUCCGAAAAGCAACUCAAACGGCGACUGCAGGAGGUUUCGAGGCAGCUUGUCGUCGCUCGCCGGCCGCCACAGCCAUGAAUCAGACUCAGCCGAAGAGAAGCGUCUGAUCACAGAGGCAGAUCCAAGCCCGAGUGAAGAGAGUCCGUCCGGGGCCAGAGGAGGAGGAAUAGGAGGAGGUAGUGGUGCUGGGAGCACCGGAGGAGCAGGUGUGGAACCAGGAGCGCACGGCACUCCAGAACGGUACCCAGGGUUUGCCAAGCUGGACGGUGGCAUUGAACACGUUCUGCCCGAUGAUGAACGGUACUACCAGGCAGGUUUCAUGCACAGACAGUUUGGUGCCAUGCUCCAGCCCGGGGUUAACAAGUUCUCUCUGAGGAUGUUCGGGAGCGAGAAGGCAGUGGAGCGCGAACAGGAGCGCGUAAAGUCGGCCGGAUUUUGGAUUAUACACCCGUACAGUGAUUUCAGGUUCUACUGGGAUCUCACUAUGUUGUUGCUGAUGGUGGGAAACUUGAUCAUCAUCCCUGUGGGUAUCACCUUCUUCAAGGACGAGCACACUCCUCCCUGGAUCGUCUUCAACGUCGUCUCGGACACCUUCUUCCUCAUGGACCUGGUGCUCAACUUUCGCACGGGCAUCGUCAAAGAGGACAACACGGAGAUUAUACUGGACCCACAGCAGAUAAAGAUUAAGUAUCUGCGCUCAUGGUUCGUGGUGGACUUUAUCUCCUCCAUCCCGGUGGACUACAUCUUCCUUAUUGUCGAGACGCGGAUCGAUUCGGAUUUCUACAAGACGGCACGCGCGCUCAGGAUUGUCCGUUUCACAAAGAUACUCAGUCUGUUACGUCUGCUCAGGCUGUCCAGACUCAUACGCUACAUUCAUCAGUGGGAAGAGAUUUUCCAUAUGACCUAUGACCUGGCCAGUGCGAUGGUGCGUAUCGUGAAUCUGAUCGGCAUGAUGCUUCUGCUGUGCCACUGGGACGGCUGCUUGCAGUUCCUCGUACCCAUGCUGCAGGACUUCCCUCCAGACUGUUGGGUGGCCAAAAACAAAAUGGUGAACGAUACGUGGGGCCAGCAGUACUCGUAUGCCCUCUUCAAGGCCAUGAGUCACAUGCUGUGCAUUGGUUACGGCAUGUACCCUCCAGUGGGAAUGACGGACGUUUGGCUCACCAUUCUCAGCAUGAUCGUUGGCGCAACGUGCUAUGCUAUGUUUGUGGGCCAUGCCACAGCGCUCAUCCAGUCUCUGGACUCCUCACGCAGGCAGUACCAAGAAAAGUAUAAACAGGUGGAGCAGUACAUGUCCUUCCACAAGCUGCCAGCAGACAUGCGUCAGAGGAUCCAUGAUUACUAUGAACACCGUUACCAGGGCAAGAUGUUUGACGAGGAGAGCAUCCUGGGGGAGCUGAAUGAGCCACUCAGGGAGGAGAUAAUCAACUUCAACUGUCGAAAGCUGGUAGCGUCAAUGCCUCUGUUUGCCAACGCGGAUCCGAAUUUCGUGACGUCAAUGCUGACAAAGCUGCGCUUUGAGGUUUUCCAACCCGGAGACUACAUCAUCCGAGAAGGCACCAUUGGGAAGAAGAUGUAUUUCAUCCAGCAUGGAGUCGUUAGCGUGCUCACGAAAGGGAACAAGGAAACCAAGUUGUCAGACGGUUCCUACUUUGGAGAGAUCUGUUUGCUGACGAGGGGAAGGCGUACAGCUAGUGUCCGCGCAGAUACAUACUGCCGUCUCUAUUCCCUGUCAGUGGAUAACUUCAAUGAGGUGCUUGAAGAAUAUCCGAUGAUGAGAAGAGCCUUUGAGACUGUUGCUCUGGACCGCCUCGAUCGUAUAGGAAAGAAGAACUCUCUAUUGCAGCACAAGGUACAGCAUGACUUAAACUCUGGUGUCCUCAACUAUCAGGAGAAUGAGAUUAUCCAGCAAAUAGUGCAGCAUGAUCGAGACAUGGCGCACUGUGCCCACCUGAUGCAAAACCAACGUUCCCCAGCUCCUCCAUCACCUACUCCAGUCAUUUGGGCUCCACUCAUCCAGGCCCCUUUACAAGCAGCCGCUGCUACUACAUCAGUUGCUAUCGCCCUGACCCAUCAUCCUCACCUGCCUCCCACGCUCUUCCGCCCUUCUACCUCAUCUUUGGGUUCAACAAAAGAAGCACCAAGAAACAGGUUCCAGGUUGUACCCACAUCGACAGCUCCUGGUUCAGCUGGAGACUCGCCUUCGAGCACUCCUCCAAAGCCUCGUACUGGAGUGGACACUCCUCUACUUGCAUCUUUCCGGGCACAUCAUUCAACAGGGCCAGCUGGGUCAGGGAGUGGUAACCACCAGGCUCCCAGAAGCAGCAUAAGUGGAGUUUCACAUCCUGGGCCUGGUCGGGGUUCUGCAUUCCCCACUGGCAAUUACUCCAGAUCUGCAUCUCCUACAUGUAGUACUGCACAGCUCCAUCCUCCACCCAAACACAAGCAGCCUUUCCCACCAAGUACCCCACCACUGUCCACUCACCUCCAACAAGGCAGCACAGGUGCUGGGACCUUGUCUGGGGCAGUAGGUGGCGCAGUGAGUAUUGCUGUGAGUGGAGCAGUGGGAGACAUGUCAAGUGGAUUGAGUGCAAGUGGGUCUCCUGGGGGUCCAUUAGUUGGUGCCACCUGUGGGUUUUUGACCACAGGAUCUUCAAAUGUUAGCCCUCUUUCAACUGGAUCAUUCAGCCAUGCCCCAAGUCAGCUCCUCCAUGGUCAGCAAACACAAAAUACCAAACAGACAUCUGCAUUUCAUCAGUUUGCUGGUGGGGGUGGCAGGACUUCUAGUGUGUUAAACCUCUUCCAUACACCCACAACUGGAUCCCCGUCCUCCACCAUUUCCCACAUUACUCCAGCACUUGAAGGCUCUCCUUCAUCAAACACACAAUCCUUCAACCUACAGUCCUCCUUUUCUUCCCAGCUGCCUUUGGAAAGGUCAGCAUUAGCGUCUCUAGCUCAAUAUGGCUCAGCAAACGCUUCUCCCUGCUACACUCCUCUAGCCCCCAGCCCUUCAGUCCAAAGUCCUGGGAGAACGUUCCACUACAGUGACCCCUCCAGUGCUGCAGGUUCCCACAGCUCUCUGCUUCUACCCCAGCAUUUCUGCCCUGUUCAACUACCCAGCUGUAACACUUCAGGAACUGAAUCGCCAUUGGGCCGCUUCUCUGAAGAUAUGAAACUGUUGUCCAGCUCUCAUCCUCUGCUAAGCGAAGAGGCAGCCCAGGCUGUGGCUCACUCAUCCCCUCGAUCAUCCAUUGAGCCUGGCUGCCGCCUCUCCCCUUACUCUUCCCCGACACUGAUGCCUAAGCCGUGCAGCUCCAUAUCGGGGCACUUUGCUUCCCCCUUACAGACUUCUCCUAGUACACGGCACCACACCCCCAGCAUAGGGACGUCACCCUCCCUUCCAUUCCGCAGAUCCUCCGAGGCCCAUCCUUCUGAACUGGAACCCCUUUGCGCCAAACUUCCCUCCAAUUUGUGA